CCAAGGAUAUGCAGGUUUGCUUAGAUUUCAAAUCCAGUCUUUUUCUCAUACAUGCGCUGGUCUUGUGACAACUCUCAGUACGAGGACAAUUGUAUUUGGUGCAACAAAUCCAAAGGGACAUUAUGAUCCCGAUCAAUCUCUAUCUGUUAAUACAACACUCUCUGGUCCCUUAUUAAGCAGAUUUGAUAUAGUCCUUGUCCUUCUGGACACAAAAAAUCCUGAAUGGGAUGGGGUUGUGUCAUCUCACAUUCUUUCCAAGGGAGAACCUGAAAAAGAUGGGAGCAAAGAAGACUUAUCAAACAUCUGGCCAUUUCACAUGCUUCGAAGGUAUAUUCACUACGUAAAAGAAAAUUUCAGACCAGUCCUCACAAAGGAUGCUGAAUCAGUUAUCUCGAGUUAUUAUCAGCUCCAAAGAAGAUCUGCAACUCAGAAUGCAGCUAGGACAACCGUGCGCAUGCUUGAAAGUUUGAUACGCCUAGCUCAGGCGCAUGCAAGAUUAAUGUUCAGAAAUGAGGUCACUCGCUUAGAUGCUAUUACAGCCAUUCUGUGCAUUGAAUCAUCCAUGACUACCUCUGCAAUUGUAGACAGUGUCGGGAACGCUCUGCACUCAAAUUUCACUGAAAACCCAGACCUGGAAUAUACCAAGCAAGAGAGAUUGAUCCUGGAAAAGCUAUCAUUCGAUGAAGUCUCUUAGGAAGUGCAGACAGAAGGAUUGUUGCAGUGACAUUGU